AUGGCUUUCGACGACUUCACUCCCGAGAGAUUGUUAAGUGAAGUUGCCUCGCGACUUCCAGGACUAGAAGCACUUCAUGUCGUCAUUCUUCUGGCGCCUUACAGCGUCCAAACUUUGUUGCGUUCCGGGAGCGUGUUAUCGAAAUUUUCUGGCCUGCGCUAUAUCACAGUCAUCGUCAGCGAGUCGGAUGCUCCAAUUGGUGAUGACCAUGGAAUUGCUUCCGCAUGGCAUAAAUUUUGCCCGACUCUGAAAACCAUCGUGUUACCGGGUGGGCAGUUGUGGAUUGAACGAGAGGGACAGUGGUUCUGUUCUGCAUGCACGUAG